AGUGGAUUGUUCCAGACUGAAGAGCUAUGUGGUGUGCAUGUUCCUAGUUGCGGAACACACUUCGCUGGCUGAGAGCACAGUAUGUGGGUGCAUUUCAUGAAGCCAGUCAGUUGGCGUGUCUAUUUAUAGGAAUAGACUGGAAUAGAUCUCGCAAGAGUUACAACAGGGCAACACACGAUCUGAGCAUGGACAUGGUGGACCGGUUACCUGGCCACUCUGCACACAAUAACCAGACAGAAAGAACAAAGGUGUUGACGCAAAACCCCGGCCUAUAGGAGAUCACAAUGCCUACGAGCCAAACUAGAUCUAGGACGAGGGACCGGAACAACGUGCUGAACAGAGCAGAGUUCAUGUCUCUCCAGCAGCCGCUCAGAAGCAGCAGUAACACCGAGGCUCGCGCGCGGAGGCCGUCGUACAAACAGCCGCAGCAUGCGCACGCGAGCAGCGGAGACAGCGCGCAGCAGGAGCCGGGAGACGCCAGCAAGGACAGGAAAGAGCUCCCGGAGGAGGACUGCAUGCAGCUCAACCCGUCGUUUAAGGGCAUCGCGAUGAACUCUCUGCUGGCUAUAGAUAUCUGCAUGUCCAAGCGACUCGGCGUGUGCGCGCACGCGACAUCGUCAUGGGGCAGCGCGCGCGCCAUGGUCAAACUGCUCGCCCUCACCGGCCACGGCAUCCCGUGGAUCAUCGGCACGCUGGUGUGUCUCACCAGGAGCAACACAUUAGCUGGCCAGGAGGUUUUAGUCAAUUUGCUGCUCGCUCUCUUACUGGAUGUGAUGACUGUAGCAGCAAUGCAGAAGUUGGUGAAGCGCAAAGGGCCCUGGGAGAUGACACCCAGUUUCCUUGACUACCUGGCUAUGGACACCUACUCCUUCCCAGCAGCCCACGCAAGCCGGGCAGUUAUGGUGUCUAAGUUCUUGUUAGCACACUUGGUUCUUGCAGUCCCUUUGCGCAUUUUGCUUGUUCUGUGGGCCGUGCUGGUGGGUAUGUCACGUGUACUGCUGGGUCGCCACCACCUUACAGAUGUAGGAUGUGGUUUUGCUUUCGGAUUUCUCCAUUACAGUCUAGUGGAAAUGGUGUGGUUGUCUUCCAGCACAUGUCAGGUUUUAAUCUCUAUUGGGACACUUAACUGGAGCCCCCUGUAUUGAUCAGUUUGUGAUUACCUGCAACCUUUUAAUCAGGCUAAAAUCUGUUGGCUCAGUGCCCAUACUGCAGAGUUAUAGUGAUAAUAAUGCAUCUGUGCAUAUUUGGAGAGAAUCUGGAGUAAUUUUAAAACAUUAAUUAAACAUUUUCUGCAAAGCUAUUUAGGCCUGGUCUAGGGGAGGCAGUAAGGGAGCACACAGGCUCAACAUAUGAUGUAAACGUAGCGAGGUCCAUGCAAUUAAUCUUACCAUUUUGCAUGGUUAUAUCGCAAAAAAACAUCUAUGUGCAAUGGACGUGAUGAUUUGCUUUGCAUUUUUUGUGUUGUUGCUGUUCUGAGUGAGAGAAUGUUUGCUCAGGGAUUUUUGCAACAGCAAUAUACUUUGUCAUUAUUAUAAUUUUUUUUUAUUUAGAAUUGGAUAUCAUUGGAACAAAACUUGCUGUCAGAAAAGAAAGUAUAUAUAAAAGAAAGUAUGUUGUGUGUGUAUAUACAAAUGUAUAUACAGUACUGCAGUUGUUUAAUAUACCUGCAAGACUCAUGAGUUAUUAUGAACAUUUGACAGGUGGGAGUGGUUACAGGUUACUGUGUGAGUGUAUUGUGUUUGUGAUGAGAGAGAGAGAGAGAGAGAGAGAGAGCGAGAGAGAGAGAUUACCUUUAUAUUAUUUACUUAUUAACCGUAUGCAAGACCAUUUGGUAAAAAAAUCAUAAAUUCAGAAAAGUUUUUUAUUGUGAAAACACAAUGCAUUGUUCCAUUAAAAAUAAUUAUACAUUAAGUCUCUUUUUGAAUAAAGUUUGAGAUGCAACAAUCUGCAUGUUAUCAGUUGUUGUCCUUUUCUAUGGACCAAAAUAGGGGCACCACCACCCAGAAAUUAAUAAUGCAGAAAUGUAUUUAUUUUAUUUUAUUAA